AUGGGAAGCGGCCGCGGCGACGAGGAAGGGAAACGUUUCCUCACUCCGCCGGGCCUUCCGUCCCACCUCACCGCCCUCCGCUCGCGCUCCCUUCAGGCAUGUGAGCCGCUGGCUUGGAAAAAAACCCCUCAGGCUGCGAGCCCCUCGGACGAUGGAGCCCACCGCCUCGGGCGUCUUCUGCAGCCGGGUGCUCAGCAUGGUGAACUCUGAAGACGUUAAUGCCAUCAUUCUGGCUCAGAAGAACAUGCUUGACCGGUUUGAGAAAACCAAUGAGAUGCUGCUCAACUUCAACAACCUGUCUAGUGUCCGCAUGCAGCAGAUGAAUGAACGCUUUCUCCAUCACACCCGGACGCUGGUAGAGAUGAAGAAGGACUUGGACAGCAUCUUCCGGAGAAUCAGGACACUGAAAGGGAAGCUAGCAAAACAGUAUCCAGAUGCAUUUAGCAAUAUUCACGAAUCUCCCAUCCUGGAGGAUGACGAUUUCACCCCGAUCCCCAAAAGCACGGCCACAACCAUUGCUACCUCGGAGCAGAGCACCGAGUCCUGUGACACAAGUCCGGACAUCAUCUCUCCUGCCACCAGCCACGACUUUGAAGACCUGUCCCAGGGUCCUUAUGACUCUCCGGCCAUGAAUGGCCAGAGUGUCACAGAUGAUGACAAUGAGACGGACUAGUUCGCUGGCUGAACUUUCAGGUGGGCCUGUCUCCCCACCUGCAGCCAGAUGCUUGAAAUGGAGACCUUCCUGGUUUGUUUUUCUGUUUUUGUUUUUAAAUCUGUAUUUUCUGCAUAGUCGUGGUCAACUUUUUCUGUGACUGGGAGAAAAAAAAGAGGCGAGCAUGAGCGAUGCAGCUUUUGCAUGAAGCCACCGUCUUCCUGACCGUGCUGAGCUGUGAUUUAUGCCCAGUUGGCAAAGCCUUGAGAAGGCGUCUCAUACUUUCUGUAAAACCCAAAUUGUGGAGAUGGGUGAGAGUCCAAUUGAAAUAGCUAGAUUCUGCGCAAGGGACGGGGAAUUUCUUUUGGGGCUACAACUUCCAGAAUUGGGACUUGGCCAUGCUGGCUGGGGGAUUCUGGGAACUGUAAUCUCAAAGUAGGUUUUCCUAUUUCUGAACUGUUGGGCUGCUUAGAAGCUUCAUAUCAACAGCAGUCACACUUUGGACACUUGCCUACUCAUAUUGUCAUGCAAAUGCUUGAAUGUGGAUACAGCCCAAAGGCAAGCAGUUUCACCGAACACCCCUGCAAUUCACAAUUGGCUCCUAUGAUUGUUCUCCAAAGGGCAGAGUUAGCCCAUGAAAUGCAACCCCCUGGUUCAGCUAUCCUGAUAAUACAAAGGGAGCUAAUGUUCAGGAGCAAAGUUCCCACUGAGAAGAAGAAAUAUCUUUCUCCAACCCCACCCCACAUGGUUUCCCUUAAACAUCCAUGGCCAAGCCUCUCAGCUUCAUUCAAAUAAGCCCAGUUUGCAGAUCCUUCUCUCCUUUGGAGUUCAGUUUGUUGUAUUCCUUCGUGUUCUCUAUUCAUGCAUAGGACUGGAACAGGUGAGGUGUCCAGGUACCAAUUUGUUCCAAAGAGCAUCCUAUCACCACUCUGGGGUUCAGCCAAGCUCAGUUCCCUUUUCCCCAUAGAUCUGCUUAGUCAAGGUUCACAGCGCUGUCAUCUCAACACCAACUGUGCUCCGAAAGUACCUUUCCCCUCAUGUGACCUCUUUGAUCGUCUAAUGAUGCACCUUAUAACAACUACGUAAAGGACUAUGCGCCACUUGCAUUUGCCUGCGCCGGCUUCUUACACGGAAGCUAGUGACUGUUGCCUCUUUCGUGUCAUGUUUUACAGUCCAAUAGUUCUUUCUCCCCUUCUGUUCAGACCUUUUACAACGCCUUCAGUUACUGUAACGCCAGCGUGCGUCUUAUGUUCCCUGUUAUGGUUUUAAAACCCUCUCUGUCUAAUAUUAAUGGUUCCCUUUGCCGGACCUUGGUACAACUAAAUGUGUUGCACGGAGGUUGGGGGCAGACUGCUUCCUCCCUCCAUUGUCAUCUCCUGAAAUGCAUUAUAAUGCAAAGAAAAAGAAAAAUAUUUUUGUACUGCUACAAGUUUACAGAGGUGACUAAAGGAGGUAAUAACCAAUAAAAGAUUUAAGUUAAUUGAUA